AUGAACCGUCGGCUACAAGAAAGCGUUGUCGACCUUAAAGCACGAUCUAUGCGUGAUAACCUGCGUUUCUUUAACGUAAAGGAAGACGAAAAAGAAAACACAACGGAGAAGAUUUAUGAUAUCCUUGACGCAAGAAACAAGGUAAAUAUCGAUCGUUCCCACCGUGUCGGAAGGAAACGUGUUAGCCAACGAAAGCCUAGACCGAUUGUUGUGAAAUUCAACUAUUUCCAAGACCGUGAACAAGUCAGACAAAAUGCGAGAAAACUAAAAGGUUCGCGUAUUGGAAUUUCAGAGCAAUUUCCCGAAGAGAUCGAAAAAAUUAGACAGACUUUAUACCCAGAAAUGAAGAAGGCCAAAGCGCAAGGUCACCGAAUUCG